GCCUUGGCACUUACUAUCGACCUCCUCAUCAACCUCUCCUGGAUCUCCUACAUCACCUCGACUCCUCCCUCCCUCACCGUUCUUUACACCGCUCCUCUCGUGAACACUUGAUCUACCUGCGGAACUCGACCACAACGAGGACGACCUCCGCAACGUGUCGCACGAUCAGCUGAACGGAGACCAUUCGAUGAGGAUCCGAAUAUGACCACGCACGAGCAGCUUGCUGCGGACAAAUUGGCUCCAAGGUUAAGGGGAUUGUCGAGAGACGAGAUUGAGAAGUGCCAUUACGAAGUGCCCAAGGGAAUCAAGCUACGACUUACACUCCCCUCCAUCGCUGGCAGCGCUUCCAUCCCGAGUAAAGGUGCGAACGUGUUCGAGAUCAUCUCCCGUGGAAAGAUCCGCGAGUUGGGACUCGUGGCCGUCUUCGAAAUGGUAUCCAGCACUGCCAUCGCUUUGAGAUUGUAUAUAGCACUGCUUCGAGAUCGGAUGCAGCACUGCUUUCAGGGCGGCCUGUGUUCAGGUCAAUUCAUGGAUUCGCAGCGUUUCGAUGUCUCCUACCUCAACGUUCGCAGAGACCAUGAAGUUGCCUUUCGCAAGUUUAUCCUCGCCUUCUCCUACUACGCCAUGUUGUCGUCCACCCCAUCAUCUCUCCAAUUUGCCAUUGGCAAUGAGAGUUUCUCGGCGGUCAGGAUGGGUGCGGUGUUGAAGAUUCAGAUCUGCCCGAAUUGCAGUCAGAUCUGCCCGAACAUGCCUGAGGCACACCAAUAUCUGAAUCGGGUUGACUUUCGCGGGGAAGCACCUCCAUCCGGCGGGACCUUUCAAGUUGCUGUUGAUCCUUUUUCCGUCCUCCCUCUCCUCCGACACCUCCACCGAUCAAUCUUCUCCGCCAACAUCUCCACCCCGCCGAAGUCUUCAACCCGCCGAAGUCUCCAACCCGCCGAUGUCUCCACCCCUCCGACACAUCCACCCCGCCGAUAUGUCCAUAUCCUCGAUCCGCCACUCCAAUGUCCGUUGACCACUCCUCCCCCUCGGAUCCUCCAUUCCUCCAAUCCGCCGACCCCUCCACCUCCACGACUCCUCGUGCGCUGCUCCGCCGAGACUGCCACGCCUUGCGAAAUGCAGCCGCCUGGUGCCACACGCACUGGAACUACGGAUUAUGAUGAUGGGCAUGGGAAUGCAUAUGAGGAGGAUGAGAGAGGACAUGAGCGCGGCGGAGAUGAAGACGGUAGUGGAGGCGAGAGAGGGCAAGAAUGGUACUUCUCUGCCCGCACGUUCACUGCUAUCGAAUUCGGCACGCAACACUCGACCUUGCAGCGCCAGGAAGAUGGAAGACACCUACCGCCAUCCAGCGCACGGCGGCUUGCGUCCAAGCACAAAUCCAUCAUUCCGAAGUUGGGAGAAUCGACCGCCAACGUCUUGCAGAAGCGCCAGCUCUUCGUAGCGUCGAGGGACGGUGAAGCACCACCAUAUUGGCGAGCAGGACCUCGCCGAGCUGUUUCGCGGAGAAGCGUCGGUCGACUUCUUGUUGGCCUCGUCGCAGCGAACGAAGCAGGAUCGGGUGCAUGUCGAUGGCUUGAGGAGCCGAGUGCACGAUCUUUGCGGACGAGAACUGGUCGCAUCAAGGCGAUCGUCUUUCUGCCUCAAGUGUACGCCAUGCUUCACAGCAACCCGGGAGGAGCUUACCUAAGACCACCGAAACAUGCUGCUCCUACGAAGAGACGUCCAGACGACUAA